AUUCAAAACCCUAAUUCCCUCUCUCGCUCGCUCUCUCUCACAGCUGCUUCGAAUGGAGCGUUUCUGCUAGGGUUUUCCGAGAGCUCAAGCCCCCGAUUCCGCAGCCAUGUCUCGGCAGGCUUCGUCGCCUCACUUCCACAAAUCCAAGACUCUCGAUAACAAAUACAUGCUUGGAGAUGAGAUUGGAAAGGGAGCAUAUGGUCGAGUUUACAAGGGUUUGGAUUUGGAGAAUGGAGACUUUGUUGCUAUUAAACAGGUUUCUUUGGAGAACAUUGCGCAGGAGGAUCUCAACGUUAUAAUGCAAGAGAUUGAUUUACUGAAGAAUUUAAAUCACAAAAACAUUGUGAAAUAUCUUGGAUCCUUAAAGACAAAGACACAUCUUCACAUAGUCCUAGAAUACGUGGAGAACGGCUCACUUGCAAACAUCAUUAAGCCAAAUAAGUUUGGACCUUUUCCAGAAUCACUGGUAGCUGUGUACAUUGCUCAGGUUUUGGAAGGGUUGGUGUAUUUACAUGAACAGGGUGUUAUCCAUCGAGAUAUCAAGGGUGCAAAUAUUUUGACAACUAAAGAGGGCCUUGUGAAACUUGCUGAUUUUGGUGUUGCUACAAAAUUGACCGAGGCUGAUGUGAAUACACAUUCAGUUGUUGGAACGCCAUAUUGGAUGGCCCCAGAGGUGAUCGAAAUGUCAGGGGUUUGUGCUGCUUCAGAUAUUUGGAGCGUUGGCUGCACCGUUAUUGAACUUCUUACAUGUGUACCUCCUUACUAUGAUUUACAGCCGAUGCCAGCUCUAUUUCGUAUUGUUCAGGAUGAACAUCCUCCCAUUCCUGACAGUCUAUCUCCUGACAUUACUGAUUUUCUGUGUCAAUGCUUUAAAAAGGAUGCUAGGCACCGGCCUGAUGCAAAAACACUGUUAUCUCAUCCUUGGAUACAAAACUGCAGGCGAGCGUUGCAAUCAUCAAUUCGUCAUAGUGGAACAUUAAGAGAUGUACAGGAAGAUGUUUCUAUGGGUGCAGAACUCUCCAAUGGAGAUAUUCGGAGCUCUGGCGAAAGUCCUGCAGAGAAAACGGAAGAAGCAACUUCUGCUAUUAAAGCAGAUUCUAGGAAAGAGUUAUUAUCAACCGGCAUUUCUGAUGUGAGAAAAUCUGGGGAGGAUCCUGCUUCAGAUGUGAAAUCUGUUGAGGAAAAAGCAGAUGGUUUAGAAAAUGAUCUGACAGAUCCAGCUCCCACCUUAGCUAUACAUGACAAAUCAUCUUUGCAAAAUGGUUCUGGCAGAAUAUCUUCUAAUAAGGAAUUGGCUGCCUCUGAGGCAGCUGAGCUAGAUGAUCGAGCACAUACGGCCAACAUUGAUGAACCACCAAUGAAUGGUGAGGUUAAAUCUCCUGAAUUGACGACAAAAAGUGUAACAAAACAUGGCAAAGGAAACUCUAUUGGGUUUAGAUCAUUUGGUUUCGGAGCAAGAAAUCAGGAUGGUACUUUUGAAAAGGCCUCGAAGAUGCCAGUAAGUAUGGGAGGGAAUGAACUCAGUAAAUUUAGUGACACUCCAGGAGACGCUUCCUUGGAAGAUCUAUUUCAUCCUUUGGAUAAGCAUCCCGAUGAUAGGGCAUUUGAAGCGUCAACAUCUUCUUCUGUAUCACAUGUGAACCAAGGAAAUACAUCUGUAAAUGACGCUGGAAAAAGUGACCUGGCUACGAAGUUAAGAGCUACAAUUGCGCAAAAGCAAAUGGAGAGUGAAAUGGGUCAGGCUAAUGGCAGUGGUGGUAACUUGUUACAGCUGAUGAUGGGUGUUCUCCAAGAUGAUGUGAUUGACAUAGGUGGUUUGGUAUUUGAUGAAAAGUUGCCCGGAGAAAACCUUUUUCCCCUACAGGCUGUUGAGUUUAGCCGGUUAGUUGGAUCACUGAAACUAGAUGAAUCAGAAGAUGUUGUUGUCUCUGCCUGCCAGAAACUUAUUGCUAUAUUUCAUCAGCGCCCGGAGCAGAAAAUUGUUUUUGUCACGCAGCAUGGUUUGCUCCCUUUAAUGGAAUUGCUUGAAGUUCCUAAAACUCGAGUUAUAUGUUCUGUGCUUCAAAUCAUAAACCAGAUAAUCAAGGAUAAUACUGAUUUCCAGGAAAAUGCUUGUCAUGUUGGUCUGAUCCCAGUGGUAAUGAGCUUUGCGGUACCUAGUCAUUCUCGAGAAAUUCGUAUGGAAGCAGCUUAUUUCUUGCAACAGCUUUGUCAGUCAAGCCCGUUGACUCUGCAAAUGUUCAUAGCUUGCCGUGGAAUACCUGUUCUGGUGGGCUUUUUAGAGGCUGAUUAUGCAAAAUUCAGGGAAAUGGUUCAUCUAGCUAUUGAUGGCAUGUGGCAAGUCUUUAAGCUUCAGCGAUCAACUCCUAGGAAUGAUUUCUGUCGCAUAGCUGCGAAAAAUGGAAUUCUCCUGAGGCUUAUUAACACCCUUUAUAGCCUGAAUGAGGCAACCCGUUUAGCUUCCAUUUCUGGUGGGACUGGAAUUCCUCUAGAUGGUUCUGCUCAGCGCCCACGGUCUGGUUCAUUGGAUCCUGGUCAUCCCACUUUUGCUCAGAGUGAUGGACCACUUUCUGAUCAUAAUGAUCACUCGAAAAUUAGGCAUGGCAUAAAUGAUUCACAUUUGUCUACUGGAGCAGUGGAACCGGCACGUGCAUCAACUUCUAAUUCUCAAAGAUCAGAUGCCAAUCAAUCAGAUCCCCGGUAUCUUCAUCUAGAUACUGAUAGACCUCAAUCUAGCAAUGGAGUGGGAGAUACUUCGGUUUCUUCUAAAUUGCAAGAGUCAACAGGUGCAGAUAAAGUAAUAAAUAUGUCAUCAAAGGAAACUUCAACUACUUCUCGAGGAGAUCUUGACCUUAGGCAGCAGCGUGCUCCUAUAUCUCUUCAUAGAUCAGCCACUGAUAGACAUCCCAAAAUGAUGGAAGGUACAUCAAAUGGCUUAUCAACAACAGCUGCUUCUCAACAGGAGCAAGUUCGGCCUCUUCUUAGCUUGUUGGAUAAAGAACCCCCUUCGAGACAUUUUUCUGGUCAGCUUGAGUAUGUACGCCACCUCCCUGGGUUGGAGAGACAUGAAAGUAUACUGCCCCUUUUACAUGCCUCUAACGAAAAGAAAACAAAUGGUGAAUUAGAUUUCCUUAUGGCAGAGUUUGCAGACGUCUCUCAACGUGGUAGAGAGAAAGGGAAUCUUGAUUCUACUACUAGAGUUCCCCCCAAAACAAUAAAUAAGGAGAUGGGAAUACUAGCAUCUAACAAAGGAGCUGCUUCCACCUCCGCAUCUCAGACAGCAUCAGGGGUAUUGUCUGGUUCGGGUGUUCUGAAUGCUAGACCAGGCAGUGCAACAUCAUCGGGUUUACUCUCGCACAUGGUAUCAACAUUGAAUGCAGACGUUGCAAGGGAAUACCUAGAAAAGGUGGCAGAUCUUCUACUUGAGUUUGCACGAGCAGAUACUACUGUAAAAUCAUACAUGUGUAGCCAAAGUUUGCUCAGCCGUCUUUUUCAGAUGUUUAAUAGGGUGGAGCCCCCAAUUCUUUUAAAGAUACUGAAGUGUGUCAACCAUUUGUCAACUGAUCCAAACUGCUUAGAGAAUCUUCAGCGGGCAGAUGCAAUCAAAUAUUUGAUUCCAAAUCUUGAACUCAAAGAAGGAUCUCUUGUAUCUCAAAUACAUCAUGAGGUCCUAAAUGCCUUGUUCAAUCUCUGUAAGAUUAACAAGAGGAGACAGGAACAAGCAGCUGAGAAUGGAAUAAUUCCACACUUGAUGCACUUUAUCGAGUCUAAUUCUCCUCUGAAACAAUAUGCGUUGCCUUUGCUCUGUGAUAUGGCUCAUGCUUCACGUAACUCAAGAGAGCAAUUAAGGGCCCAUGGUGGGUUGGAUGUGUACUUGAGCCUUCUAGAGGAUGAGCUUUGGUCUGUGACUGCAUUGGAUUCAAUUGCUGUUUGUUUAGCUCAUGACAAUGACAACCGGAAGGUAGAACAAGCACUGCUGAAAAAGGAUGCAGUUCAGAAGUUGGUGAAAUUCUUCCAGUGCUGUCCAGAACAGUAUUUUGUGCACAUAUUGGAGCCAUUUUUGAAAAUUAUCACGAAAUCGUCUCGAAUUAAUACAACAUUAGCUGUUAAUGGUUUGACACCGCUGCUUAUCACAAGACUUGACCAUCAGGAUGCUAUUGCCCGUUUAAAUCUUCUUAAGCUGAUAAAGGUGGGCUAA